AUGAAGGACAUUAACGCAGGAUAUGAAAAAGUCCCUCCUGAUGAGCUUUCCACAACUGUCGCAGAAGAUGGGGCAGGAUUCGACUUGUUCGAGCUAAAGCAGCAAAAUUUGAGAACAGAGCAAAUACAUCGUUCCAAAUGUCUUUUAAUCGCCAACUCGAUUCUAUUCUGCACCUCUGCAUUUCUCCUAGCUACAACUUACAUCCGAGGCACCCCAAACACAGCGCAAUUCGUCUCGAAAUUCUCUUCAUAUUCACCAGCUCGAAAAGCCGUGCAAUACGUAUCCGGCACCUUCAACGCCACUCAAGGAAAGGACUCGGGCUACAUUGGUACAAGCAACGAAACAGAAGAAAUGUGGAAUUGGGUCACGGUGGAUAUGGGUGACCAGAUGGUCACACCAGAGGAGCUGAAGCUGGUCAACAAACCUGAGACCUCGGUCAAGAUCAAGAAUCCCAAGACAGGAAAGGAAGGAUAUCGAAUCGGAUUGGAGGUUUUUCAUCAGCUUCACUGCUUGAAUCUCGUUAGGAAGAGCACGUAUCGUGAUCAUUACGAGGGAAAGGGUGACUUUGCUGAAGAAGAUGAAGUCAAAAUACGCAACCAUCUAGACCAUUGUUUAGAGAUGCUACGUAUGAAUAUCAUGUGUCAAGUCGACAUCGGUGUGAUAACUUUCCAUGAACUGCCUGACAAACCCGGUGAUCCGUGGCCGGAUUUUAGCACUCUGCACGUUUGUCGCGAUUUCGAUGCUGUGAGGAAAUGGGCUAUUGAUAAUACGGUUGCGAAUGAUGAUAUAUUUUGA